AUUUGCCGUUACCACCGCUAAACUUUCGAAUUAAAUUCAGACCCUAUCUCACUCUACCUCUACACACCGAUUUCUCGUCUGCGAGUAUGGCAGGAAAGCUUAUGCAUGCGGUUCAGUACUUUGGCUAUGGUGGAGGACCUGCUGGUUUGAAGCAUGUUGAAGUUCCAGUUCCCACUCCAAAAAAGGAUGAGCUCUUGCUAAAACUGGAAGCAAUUAGUCUAAAUCCAGUUGAUUGGAAAAUUCAGAAAGGCAUUCUGCGGCCUUUGUUGCCUCGCAGGUUCCCUCACGUGCCUGGUACUGAUGUGGCAGGAGAGGUCGUAGAGGUUGGUCCGGGGGUCAAAAGUUUCAAAGCCGGUGACAAAGUCGUAGCUAUGCUUAACCAUGCUGAUGGAGGUGGAUUAGCUGAGUUUGCUGUGGCCAAGGAGAGGCUAACAGUUGCUAGGCCACCUGAAGUUUCAGCAGCUGAAGGUGCAGGCUUACCUGUAGCCGGUCUUACAGCUCACCAGGCGCUCACCCAAUCAGCUGGGAUCAAGCUUGAUGGGAGUGGCGAGCAGCUAAACAUUCUGGUCACUGCUGCCUCAGGUGGUGUGGGUCACUAUGCAGUUCAACUGGCAAAGCUUGGAAACACACACGUGACUGCCACUUGUGGGUCCCGCAAUAUCGACUUUGUCAAGAGAUUAGGGGCUGACGAGGUUCUCGACUACAAGACCCCCGAGGGGGCAGCUCUGAAGAGCCCAUCCGGUCGGAAGUAUGAUAUUGUGGUCCACUGUGCAACAGGCAUUCCUUGGUCAACUUUUGAGCCUAAUCUGGCUCCAAAUGGGAAGGUCUUAGAUUUAACUCCCGGACCAAGUGCCUUAUUGACUUUUGCUAUAAAGAAACUUACCUUCUCCAAGAAGCAGUUGUUACCCGUAUUACUAAUUUCCAAGGGUGGGAACCUGGAUUAUCUCGUUAAGUUGCUGAAGGAAGAUAAACUUGAAACUGUAAUUGACUCGAAGCAUUCCCUGAGCAAGGCUGAAGAUGCGUGGGCUAAGAGUAUUGAUGGCCAUGCUACUGGGAAGAUCGUCGUGGAACCUUGAAUAGAUGUAUGACAUGCUUUGAACCUGUAAAUGUUAUGCACUUAAGGUUAAGGGGUUUGUCUAUAGGUUAUUUUACUAAUGAAUACAAAGAAAACUAGAUAUAUGCAGCUGAAUGAGGCAUUUGACCUGA